AUGUUUGAAGAUCUUCUCGCGAAAACCUCUCUAGUCCGCGAUAAUGUCAUGGAUAAUGUCAUCGAUAACGCCAAAGGACUCUUUUGUAAUGGGGAGAACAAAAGGAUCAAAGGCGAAGUUUCAGAACUGAAGAAAGAAUUGAUGGAAUUGGUUGCCGGCAUGGAUCAAUUUCUUCAUCCAAAUGAUCCCGCAUCGAAAUAUUAA